AUACCUGCAUCUCAGAGCUCAGCAGCUGUCGGUCCCUUCACGAGCGCAUUCAGUCUCACACACUUUACCUUUAUUGUUAACUCAAGCUAGAUAUUUUUCCUCUCUCUCUGUCUAUGUAUAUAGGCUACAUAUAUCACUCUCGUGUGUUGGGCUCUAGGCAAGCGCAGGCUAAUGCGAGUUUUUGGAGAGUUUACUGAAGCACCGGACAGCGCAGGAAAAUAACGGGCUUUGUUUUAUUUCAUCCAGAACUCUUUCAAAACCUCCUAAAAAGAAUAAACGGAUCCGAAGGGAAAUCAGGGAUUUGUGCCAAUUAAAAUGCAUCGCAUUACAUGGAAAGUCGAUCAGGUGGCUGUGUUGCUGCUGUUAUUGGCUGCGGUUGGGUUCGCUCAGGUGCUGGACCGAACGCUCGUCCUGUCCCAUGAGAGGAGCUCCAUAGAGAGAACAUACGAGCUGACCAAAUACCUGGACCACCAGCUGAAGGAGAUCAGAGACACUUACCUGUCCUAUCUUGGCCCUCCAUUCAGCGAUCCCGGCUUCUCCCCUCCACGUCCCAACAGCUCCUCUCUGUCCGUUCCCAGCGCAGCCACGCGGGUGGACUUGUGGCGAGGGCUGGAGAACGGCGCCCGUCUGGCGCAGAACCAGCACGCGUACAGCGUUCUCCUGUGCGCCGUGAGGGAGCUGGCGCGCUCCACCCUGUGUCCGUACCUCCAGAGCUCCCUCCUGCACUUCUGCUCCGGCCUCAGCGGACUGCUGGGCUCCAUAUCCGGUCUGAUGAACGCCCUGGGCUACACCAGCCUCCCGCCCUCCACGCCCGCUCAUGGAUACGCCCCACUUCUGUCCUCACAGUUUCAGGGCGUGAGCGAGAACAGCCCCGCUCCUCUGCGGAGUUACGUGCCUCGAGGCAUUCAGCCCGCCUCGGGCGUGAGAGAGGGAACGACUCGGGCGGAUCUCAAGCGGGACAGAGAGAGGGGCAGGAGAGGAAGGAGAAAAGAAGGAGAGAGCAAAGAGGAGGGAGAGAAGGAGGAAGGAAUGGAGAGAUGGGGCAAACGGAGAAGACUAUUGAGUGUGGACGAAGAGAAAACGAUACAACUGAACAUGAACUACACAGCUUUAAAAUUCGGAGAUGGAUACAGAAAGCAUCCCGUACUCUUUUCGUCGCCAUCUCUGCAACUUCGUCGACCUAUUCGCUCCAUUCCCUCAUCUCAAGCCGGCCUCUCUCCUCUCUCGCUUCUGUAUCAGUACGCUGAGGUUCACUCUUUGCUGGCGGCCCCCGUGUUGUCGUCCCAUCCCGUCCCGAAUGACUUCUCACGGAAGGUGGAGGGAUUCUGGGUUCUGCGAGAGCUGCAGAGCUGGCUGUGGAGAUCGGCGAAAGACUUCACCAGACUGAAGAAGCGGCUGCGCGUUUGAGACAGAACAAAGGCUCCGUUCCAAAACCUAGUGAGCUGCCUUCUAACAAGGCAGCGAGAUUCUCAAGCAAGAAACGUUAAUUGCGAUAUAAAUGGCCAGCUAUGAGGUCUCCGAGGAAUUAUGACUUUUUUCAUAUUCAGAAAUAGAAUCAGACGUUCUCUGAAUGGCUAAUUAGCACUUUAAAACUCCUAUGAAUGUCUGCAUGUAUAAUUCAGUUUAGACGGUUUGCCUAGAUUGUUCGGUGUCUGUGGUGUGAACGGGGGGUUGAGAGAGCAGGCACAGCCUCUGCUGUGUUGCCAGAUCCAGUUAUUAUAAGGCGUCUUUUUUCCCGCUUAAUGUGACACUUUAGGAACUCAAAAAAAGUGGGAAGUUGCAGGUUAACGAUAUCUUCAUUUUGCAUUUUU